CAGCCCUGUCUUCUUUGCUCUUUCUCUCCUCCCCAGGUGAUAGCCAACUCUCCAGCCAACGCCGACUACCAGGAACGGUUCAACCCCAGCGCCCUGAAGGACUCUGCCCUGUCCACCCACAAGCCCAUCGAGGUGAAGGGGCUGGGCGGCAAGGCCACCAUCAUCCAUGCGCAGUACAACACACCCAUCAGCAUGUACUCCCAGGACGCCAUCAUGGACGCCAUUGCUGGGCAGGCCCAGGCCCAGGGCAGUGACUUCAGUGGGAGCCUUCCUAUUAAAGACCUUGCGGUGGACAGCACCUCCCCCGUGUACCAGGCCGUGAUUAAGAACCAGAACAAGCCGGAAGACGAGGCUGACGAGUGGGCCCGCCGCUCCUCCAACCUGCAGUCUCGCUCUUUCCGCAUCCUGGCCCAGAUGACUGGGACAGAAUACAUGCAAGACCCUGAUGAAGAAGCUUUGCGAAGGUCAAGCACCCCUAUUGAGCAUGCUCCAGUGUGCACCAGCCAGGCCGCCACCCCGCAGCUGCCCGCUUCUGCCCAGCCACCUGCUGCUGCCCCUCCCCGUGCAGCCUCGCCACCCCCGACCGCAGCCACUGCCCAUGCUGCCAGCGCGCCCGCCGCAGCCCCUGCCUCAAGCCCCGCGGACAGUCCAAGGCCCCAGGCCUCUGCCUACAGUCCCGCCAAGGCGACCUCUCCAGCACCUGCCACUCAUACAUACAGUGAGGCCUCAGCUGCCCCUGCGCCCAAGCCCCGGGUGGUCACCACCGCCAGCAUCCGGCCUUCUGUCUACCAGCCAGGUGAGAGGCAGAACGGAGGGGAGGGUGGACAUGGGCAGGCUGACGAGAGGUCUGUGUCACAUGGAGAGGGUACCAUGGAAAAGGCCCGCCUCACACCUGUCUGUCCUCUGUCCCAGGUCUGCCAUGUGAAUCUGGAGGGGCAGCCAUUCUACUCCAAGAAGGACAAACCCCUGUGCAAGAAGCACGCACACGCCAUCAACGUUUAGGGAGCCCAGAGCGUCUGAUGCGGACAGGCCGGGAGCUGCUCCUGCUGCUGACAAUAAAGGAUUCAAGGAGGCUGAUGUUUCUUUUUGGGGGAAAGGGGGAACACAGGAAGCUACUGAGCCCUUUUGAAGUAUAAUUUUAGUCCUUCCUUCUGCACACAGAUCGUGUAUUUGCAUAGUUCAGACUAGAAGCCAAAUGAAGAUUCCUCAACCAAGCUAGUAAUUAAUCCAAGGCUGGAGUGGUAAUUCAGAUGUUCAGGACAGAAUUCCAAGAACUCCAGAGUGGAAAACAAAAAAGUCAUUUUCUCGAAGCGAUACCCUUCCCUGAGGUCACCAGAGCAGGGACAGAGCUCAGAGCGGUCAUGGAGAAUCUGGAGCGUGUGUUGGAGUUCUCUAGAGCUCCUCUGGCAAACAGAACGAAGUGCUAAACAGUACUCGCUGUGGGGUAUUUUUAGAGCCAUAGCUGAGGGCUUGUUAGCUGAGACCGAUUGGGCUUUCCUCACCAAAAAAGGAAGUGUUAUUCCAUUACUAGUGUCUCGGAGCUACCUCUGGGCAUCAGACUUCAGACUUGAACAGAGUUGAGCGUUCUGAGGGAGUCCAGGCGUCUAGGAGGUGUCUUCUAGGAGCUGUGGGGCAGUUGACAGGGCUUUAGGAAGGGCUCUGGCUCAUGCUACAGACAUCUCUGGCUCACGUCUAAGACAUCCUAUGUCCCCAGAAGGUUUAGCUCCUUUUUGAAUUGUGAUGGGAAAGUGGAAUUGGGUUUUUCCAGUUUUGCUUUGCUGUGUGUGAGAGGAGAUUUUAAAGCGACUCUGGGUUGCGUCUAGCCUUUGUUUUGCUUAUGAAGUUCGUGAGCGUGAAUGUCCCGGUCUUGUGCAUGUAUUUCUCUCCCAGUCCUGUGACUGCUCACUUAUGAAGUCUUCCUCAGUGCCCCUUCCCCCAACAGGCAUAAUGACCUGUGGACAAGAAAAGAGAGACGGUGUCUGAAACAGGAUGGCAGAAUAGGCCGAGAACAUGCCCAAACUCUGCAUGGAGAGAGGAGCCUUACCUUCUGCCAGCCUCAGUAAAAAUGCCAGUGUUGGCCGUACCUCCCACCUCAGACCUGCACCAUCCUUCUCAAGUGUUCCUUUCAGUGCCGCACACUGAGUACGUGCAGGGAUGUCGACCGUUGGGAGAAGAAGAGGGACUGAUAAUGUACUUGUUUGCCAUUUGGGCCCAUAGUUUGAAAAUGUAUGAGCCAAGUUGAUCUAGAACUUAUUUAAGUAUUUAUUGAAAUAGACUUGGGUCUUCAAACUUCUUUAAAACAUUAGUGAUAGUUUGGGCUAAGUAAGCAUUUUAAAGCUGUUUGGUGACGAAGAGAGCAGCUUAGUUUCUGAGGCUGGAAAUGGUACAUUCUCUUUCCCUUCAGGAAGCACUGUUAUUAUGCUCAUUGAACAAGGCAUGGAAGCAGGCAGUCUGAGGGGGUGUUUCUCACUUGAACACAAUAGUUAGGCACUCUUCCAACUCACUGCUACUCUCUCCUCACUCCUGUUUUGGAUUUUUCUCUUUGCACGUUUUAUGAGAAUGCAUUAGAACAUUUUCUUCUGAGAACUGAGGCUUCCAGGGGACUGCCUUUCUACCUGAGUGUGUCCCUUCUCCUUGAGGGAGAAAGCAGCAGCAGGAUGCGCCCCUAGCAGGAGGCCCGUGCUUUUUUUCCAAGGGUGAAGCCAUGUUCCUGAGGGAGCACCAGGAGGGACAUAAUUGUGCUCCUACCACGGGGCCCUUCUUUACCUGUGGUGCAGUAAGAAAGUGAAUCUAAAGUACCAGGCAGUAAAAUCUGCUGGGAGUGACUGGAGAUUUUUCAGGAGUUGCAAACAAGUACCUUGGAGCAUUCUGUUAUUUUUGGAAAGUUCAAAUAUACAGGGAUAGGAGGUUGCUGGCUGUACAGAAAAGCUCUAGGCAGGUUUUCUCUUAAAGCAAAAAUGAAAACAAAAAACACAUUUUCAGGGACUGGUCUCGAGGAAAGGAAAAACAGUUCCCAAGACUUAAGUUUCCAAAAAUAUCUUUUAAAAGGGUUUACACACACAUGGACGCACGCAUGCCCGUGCGACCAUUAAAAAAGUACAUGAUCAUUAAAAAGAAAAUUGAAGCAUCUCAAAGAAGGACUUCAUCAUGGUCAUUUACUGAAUCGGUUUUUCUACAUCUCAGAGAGAACGAGUGUCGAUUCUGAGGGACUCUUUUAUUUACCGAAACCCAAAACAAACAAAAAAACAAUUUUAAAGGUAGCAGGAGAAGAAGGUAGUUUUGAAUAUGGGGUUCCCUCGGUGUUUGCAAGUUUGGCGUAGCUUUGGGGUUAAGGUUGUAUCUAUCUCACCAUCAGGGAUGUCCUAGGACACCAAACAAUUUCUAAUAGUUCCUAGUGGGGAGCACGCUUCGGAUCUCCCGUUCAUGUCUCCUCAUUUAACACUUACAAACAUUAACUUUUUGCAACGGAGUGAUUUGUGUCUGCAGUGUAUGUGUUAGGAAUCUAGCUUUUAUAACGUUAGCUUUUCAACCCGGGUACUCUUGCUUUGGAAUUUUUUUUUUUUUUAAUUUUAAGAUUUCAAAAGUGUAAAGUAGUGCGGUAGAGGUGUGCACAAAAAUAUUUUGCAUGUUUGUUUUGGGGUUUUCUUUGGCCUGUGUGGAUUCUACUUUUUAGCACAAUAAAACCUAAAAAAGGAUGUGCAAAUACUGA